GUACUACUACUAAUUAAUCAAUGUUUUCAAUUCAAGUCAACCUGGUAUUACCACACAAUGAACUCAAUCUAACAUCAUAAAUAAGAUUAGAAAAAAAGGGCCAAGAUAUAAAUAAAUGUCACAUACACAACUUUAGCAAUUUUUAUCUUCUUUUUCCUUUUUGUUUCCUCCCAUCUCCACAUAAUCAAUAAUGAUAAACCACUUUGUUGCAUAAAACAAAGCCCUUCUUCUCCCUCUCUCUCCAAAAGACAAUUUCAUCUCCCUCAAGUUUCCCUUUUCUUCUUUUUUCCUUCCCAUUAAACUAUGAAAAUGGCAGAUUACUAAUCAUCCUUUCCCCUCUAUAGGAAACACUCAUCAUUGCUCCCAACAAUCCUUUUCAACCUUAGAAACCUGUGAGCUUCCAAGAUUUGAUUUUCCUUCCUUCCAUUCCUCCUCUCUCUCUCAUCCUCCACCAAUUUAAAUACCACAAUCUUUGCAACUAUUCUCCUCCUCCAUCCCCUUUUAAAUUCUAACCUCUUCUUUCAUCCCUCCUUCUAUGAUGGAUGCUUCUUCAACCAACUCUGUCAAUGGCUUCUACAACUUCCUCACUCGAGGCAUAGACGAUCUCGAACGAGCUUUUCUAUCGAGCAACUUCAUGUCAAUACAAUUCCUCCAAAGAGUCCUCUCCCUCCUAAGAUCCUCCCACAAUCAGCUCACCAUUUUGGUCCAAAAACUCCACUUACCAGUGGGUGAGAAAUGGCUUGAUGAAUACAUGGAUGAAAGCUCCAAGCUUUGGGAGGUUUGCCAAAUCCUCAAAACAGGGAUUUCUGGCAUGGAAAACUACUACUCCGCCGGCCUAAACAUCAUCUCCUCCCUCGACAGCCAUCGCCAUUUGAGCCCCCAGCUCUCCCGCCAGUUGAUCCGCGCGAUUUCAGGAUGCAGGAGAGAGGCGGUAGGGAUUCAGGAGGAAAACCGGUCACUAACGGAGACGCGAAUCGAGCCUCUAUCCCUCAAAUUCGACGCGAGCGAGCCGCGGCUGCACGGAUUCAACGGAUUCCGCGGCGUCCUCUACGCGAUGAGGAAUGUGAGCUCGCUCCUACUGACGAUUCUCUUCAACGGAUUGGUCUAUUUCUGGCCGGAAUCGAAUUCCCCCAAUUGCAGCGGCUACGACGACGUCCUGUUCGGAUCGAGCCUCACGGUGUCGACGGCGCGGCUGCAGCGGCGGGUGGCGGCGGAGAUCGGUAACACGGCGGCGCGGGCGGGGGUCCUGAUGUACGAAUUCCGCCGCUCGAAGGCGGCGAUGGAGGAGCUGAGGGCGGAGCUGGAGAAGCGGAGCGCGCAGGGGAUAAUCGUGGAGUGGGAAUCGGAAAUCGGGGUUAGGGAGAGAGUGGAGAAUCUGAAGGGGUAUUUUGGGAAUUUGAGAAGUGGGACGGAGAAUAUCGUUGGGCAGCUUGAUGAUUUCUUCGAUGAUAUUGUUGAAGGGAGGAAGAAGCUCUUGGAUUUAUGCAGCCAUAGGUAGAGAAAAAAAAUCAGGAGAAAAAAAAUCUGGUGAAGAAAAGGGGUAGUUUUUUUUAUUUUUUAUUUUUAAUUUGAAGAAAUGGGAAGAAGAAAAGGAGAAAAUGAAAAAUGUAAGAGUAGGUUAGAUUAGUAGCUUCUUGUUGUAAUUUAUGUUUGUCUAGUUUUUUACCCAUUUUCCCCUAUGUUGUUUCUUAUUGUAUUUUAGUAUAUAUCGUAAGAUGUUGAAAAAUUAUUUUGAAAGUAGAAAUUUUGGAUUUCUACUAAAUUUUGCCAA